AUGCUCCACUCUCUGUCUCCUCUUCGGCAUGCGUUCUACGAAACUUUUCUACACCUCCAUCAACUGGGAGCAUUUCUGGCUUUUCUUGGUGUCUAUCUCCACAUUGAUUUGGACGCUCUGCCUCAAAGACCAUGGAUAAUUGCGGUUGGUGUCCUGUGGCUACUUGACCGUUUGGCCCGGGUUGCGCGACUACUGUAUCUCAAUGUUUCCGCCAAAAAAGGGUCCACGAGGGUUGUUGUUGAAGCUCUUGCCGGCGAGGCUUGCAGAGUGACCUUCCACCUACCAAAACGCGUCCAUGUCAAACCCGGUGGCCAUGUGUACGCAUACAUUCCAAGCAUCUCCCAGUGGAUGUCCCACCCAUUCUCCAUAGCCUGGGUUGAGCCCAGCAGCUGCGUGACAACGUCCGGACCCAUGGACUCGCCUGUUAAGACACCCACUACGGGUUCCUCCAUGAGCCCCUCACUUCUCGAAAAGCAACCUCUAGUCAAUCUCGACCGCUACAUGCCUGAGAACAAGGAGCCAACCUCUGUGUCACUCAUUGUUGCUGCUCGACAAGGGAUGACAAGGAAAUUAUACAACCGAGCUCUUGCUGCGCCGAACCAGGUCCUUUACACUACCGGCUUCAUCGAGGGACCGUACGCGUCUCAUGUAGUCAACUUGGGAAGCUAUGGCACCGUCGUUCUGUUCUCAGGUGGCGUCGGCAUCACGCACCACAUGUUAAGUGUUCGAGAUCUGAUCAUUCGCGCCGCAGAGGGACGCGUAGCCACUCAAAAGAUCUACCUCAUCUGGUCUGUCCGCAACACGGAGCAUCUGGCCUGGGUGCGGGAAUGGAUGGACCAGGUCCUGCGUCUUCCUGGCCGUCGCGAGAUGCUUACCGUCAAACUCUUCGUUUCCAAGCCCAAGAGCAGUCGCGAAAUUGUUUCCCCCAGCGCCACCGUCCAGAUGUUCCCCGGUCGGUGUCGGCCGCAAGUUGUCAUGGAUGAGGUCCUCCCACAACGAGUAGGCGCCACCGUGGUGUCGGCCUGUGGGUCUGGCGGUUUUUCAGAUGAAGUGCGUGCAGCCGCUCGUGACAACAUCGGCAAAGGGGCGGUAGUGGAUUUUGUCGAAGAGGCGUUCACUUGGUGA